CUCUCCAUCCUCAGCAGCAGCUCCAGCUCCAUGGGGACACACCGCCGCACUUUACGCACCGCUCACCACCGUCCACUGUCGGUCUGCCGCUGCUGGUGUUCAUGACUUUGUGGAGCCGAAAACUUUCUCUGGAGUGGAAUAUAACACAGCACAAGUCAAUGGAUUAGCACUGAGGAGCGUGUAGGAUUAUUAUUACUGCAGUGAAGCUUCUUUAAAUUGGAUGUUGAUGAAGACUCUGUCCAUGUCCUCUGUCGGAUGAUGGCUCAGGCAGCGUCCGUCAUUCCACUGCUUGGCAUUAUUCUGAAAAUCAGCUGUGUUGCUGCCAUUGAACUGAGGUUUAUGCCUGAUCCACCAACGCUGAACAUCUAUGGCAUCCACCGAAUGAACAAAUCGGACAACCUGGAGUUAAUAUGCAGAGGUCGGCAGUACCUGAGGUGGACGACCCCUCCUACAAGCACUCGCUUCUCCACCAGUGACUGCAGUGGGUCAGGACUCUUCUGCACAACACUGCGGAUCUUCAAUGCCACUGUCAAUGAAACUGGACAGUACCAGUGCUCCUACAGAGACCUGAAAGUCGAAGAUGGCAAGACUUCAGUAGCGGCCUAUGUCUUUGUCCACGAUUACAAGGUGCCAUUUGUGCCGUCUGAGAAAGAAUACGAAGUGGUGUUCAUCCGUGAAGGAGAGCGGGUGGUGAUACCGUGCCGAGGCUCGGUGGAAGAUCUCAACGUUACACUCCACACUAAGUAUCCAAAUAAGGAGCUUCAUCCAGAUGGGAAAGACUCUCUGUGGGACGCCAGGACGGGUUUCACUGUUCCCAGUCAUCUCAUCAGCUACGCCGGCGUCGUCUCCUGCCAGACCCGGAUUGGAAAUGAGACGUUUAAGUCCCCUCUCUACAUUGUUGCUGUUGUUGGAUACAAGAUCCAUGAACUCACCCUGACCCCCGCACAAGUGAAGCUGUCAGUGGGGGAGCGGCUGGUUCUGUGCUGCACCGCCAUAACCGAGCUCAACGUGGGCAUCGAAUUCAACUGGACGCACUCCGGUCAGGCCCUGACCUCGGUGAACGCCCAACCCCACAAGAAGAAGCUAUGGAACUCUCUGGAGCUGUCCAACACACUCACAGUGGAGAACGUGACGGUCGAUCACACGGGAGAAUACACCUGCACUGCAUCCAGCGGGCAGAUGGAGAAAAGUGCCUCAGCGUCUCUUAAAGUGUAUGAAAAGCCUUUUAUUGAUGUCAAAGAGCCAUGGACAAAGGUUUGGGAAGUAAAUGUGGGAGAUCAAGCAACUAUCCCUGUCAAGUACUCAGCCUACCCGGAUCCCAGCUUGAAAUGGUUCAAAAAUGGCCAACCACUGAAUGAUUACAGAAUAAAACAGAGAAGCGAUGCCCUCAUCAUCCGGGUAGUCACUGAAGCGGAUGCAGGGAAUUACACGAUGGUCCUGACCAAUAAGAUUACUAAAGAGGAGCAGAAACACUCUCUCCAGCUGCUGGUCAACGUGCCUCCUCAUAUCAUUGAGAAGGAGGUGGCAGUGGACACUGAUGUGUACCCGUACGGCAGCAGCCCCACCUUGAGGUGCACCGCCCGUGGAUUCCCCACACCUGCACACAUCCAGUGGCAGUGGAUGUCUAAAGAGGAUUGUCCAGAGGCCUUCCUGUCAGGCCCAAUAAAGUCUGAAGUACAGCUGGCCAAGUGUACAGGUUGGAGAGAUAUCGGCAAUACCACUGGUCAUCACCCUGUAGGACGAAUCAUGACUGAUGCUGAGCAUGCCCAUAAGAAAAUCGCGAGCUCUUUGAAGAUUCAGAAAGCUGAGGCCCAUGCCCUCUACAGAUGCAUGGCUGCCAACAAAGUCGGAGAGGAUUCACGCAUCAUCUUUUUCCACGUCACACGUGGCCUUGAGGUGAGCGUGUCUCCAUCCAGUGAGCCCGUAGAGGAGGACCACGUGGUUCUGCGCUGUAAGGCGGACAAACUGAUCUACAGCAACCUCGCCUGGUUCCGCGUGAACAACAUCUCAGAGUCAGAGCAGAUAGCGCCGAUACAGCCCUGUCGCCAGUGGUGGAAUGUAACGAAGUACACUGACUCAAGCUCUGUACUUAAACACAAUUUUGAGCCGAGCCCUCAGUCGCAUGUAGUGCUGUCCAGCCUGCAGGGCACCAACGUGACCCUGGAGCUGUCUCUGCAUAAUGCGUCCCGUCAGGAUGAGGGUCUGUAUGCCUGUCAGGUGGAAUACAUCAAGACUCGGGAGAAAACCUGCCUGCUACGCCGUCUUUCUCUCAAAGGUCUCGAGGCUGCAAGAAUCCUUAAUAAUUUAACCGAUCAAAAAGUUAACGUGAGUGCAACAAUCAGUCUCCUGUGUGAUGCCGCCGGGACGCCAAACCCAACGGUGGUGUGGACCAAAAACAACCACACUGUGGUGGAGGGCUCAGGUGUGAUUCUGAGUCAGCACAACCACAUUCUGACAAUCCAGCGGGUGAAGAAGGAGGACAGCGGUCUGUACAUCUGCACUGCAUGCAACAGCCGCGGCUGUGACACCUCGCAGGCCUAUUUGACAACUGAAGGUGCAGAGGAAAAGACAAAUGUGGAACUGAUUGUCCCCAUUGGGUCAGUGGUGAUCGCCAUGUUUUUCUGGUUGCUGAUCGUCUUUGUCAUCCGUGGCAGAAAGCGACCAAGUGGUGGGGAUCUGAAGACGGGCUACCUGUCCAUGAUCCUGGACUCAGAGGACAUGCCCAUGGACGAGCAGUGUGAAAGGCUCACGUAUGAUGCCAACAAAUGGGAGUUUCCUCGGGACAGGCUGAAGCUAGGUGACCCACUGGGACGAGGAGCGUUUGGUCAGGUGGUCGAAGCAGCCGCCUUUGGCAUUGAGAAAGCUACCACAUGCACUACUGUUGCAGUCAAGAUGCUUAAGGAGGGAGCAACAUCCAGCGAGUACCGUGCCUUGAUGUCCGAGCUGAAAAUUCUCAUUCAUAUUGGACAUCAUCUCAAUGUCGUCAACCUGCUGGGAGCGUGUACGAAGCCUGGAGGGCCACUGAUGGUGAUUGUGGAGUACUGUAAACAUGGAAACCUUUCCAGCUACCUGAAGAGUAAACGUGGAGAGUACAGCCCCUACAAGAGGAAGCGGGUGGAUAGCCAGAGGUGGGCGUCUGCAGAGGAGGACGUGACUGAAGGGGAUCUGGGCCUGGGGAAGGUCGCCCAGUUGGACAUCUGCACAGGAACGGCUGUCUGCUCCAGAGCUGGAGACGUGGCUUCAGGUGGUGACAUGGACACUCAGGAAGAGAGCUCAGAUGAUGACCACCUGACCAUGGAGGACCUGAUAUGCUACAGCUUCCAGGUGGCCAAAGGCAUGGAGUUUCUGUCCUCUCGCAAGUGCAUCCACAGAGAUCUGGCAGCCAGAAACAUCCUGCUUUCAGAGAACAAUGUGGUGAAGAUCUGCGACUUUGGCCUCGCUAGAGACGUCUACAAAGACCCUGACUAUGUCCGCAAGGGAGAUGCACGUCUCCCUCUGAAGUGGAUGGCUCCUGAGACCAUCUUUGAUCGAGUGUACACCACACAAAGUGAUGUUUGGUCCUUUGGGGUUCUUCUCUGGGAGAUCUUUUCUCUGGGGGCUUCUCCCUAUCCGGGUGUUUGCAUCGACGAGUCAUUCUGCAGGAGGCUUAAGGAAGGCACCAGGAUGAGACCUCCAGAAUACGCCACCAGUGAGAUAUACCAGACCAUGUUGGACUGCUGGCUGGAUCGUCCCACAGACAGGCCGACAUUUGCAGAGCUGGUGGAACAUCUGGGCAACCUGCUACAGGCCAGCGCUCAAAAGGAUGGGAAGGACUACAUCCCUCUGACAGCAGGCAGCGAGGCACAAGGAUCUCCAGUGACCCCUGACCCCAGGAGCCCCUACAGCCUGCCCCAAAGUGGGGAAAUCCUGGAGGCUCAGCUGCACUAUGACAAGCCGCCGUCCCUCGGACUGCCUCAGCAGAGUGAGAGGUGCAGUCGGCCCCUCAGUGUGAAGACGUUUGAGGACAUCCCUGUGGCGCGCAGCAGUGUCAUGGAGGGUCACACAGACAGUGAUAUGUGCUUCUCACAAGAGGAGGUGAAGGGUUUAAAUCAGCAGCUGCCAGCUACACCCAACUUCAGCCAGCUGCUGCGCUGUAAGAGUAAAGAGUCCCUGGCCUCUGAGUCAUCCAAUCAGACGAGCGGAUACCAGUCAGGGUACCACUCUGACGACACAGACGCCCCGAUCUAUGCAAACGAGGAGGUGAUCAUGAAGCACAACCUGCUGAAGAAGCCUCCGCUGCCCAAGACGCCGGACAAAUUCAACGUGGAGAUCCGCUACAGCACGCCGCCCGUCUGACCCCACAACUUAACCCUGAGUCAUUUCACUGUACAGUUUGUAUUACACGUUAGGAACAAUGAAAACACACUGAUUUUUUUUUUAAAGACAUAAUUUAAUAAGUCAGCUGGGAAAAAUGAAGGUUGUAUGAUAAGUUUGUAAGCGUAGCUCUCUUUGGACAGCCGGAGGAAUGCUUUCAUGUUUACACAGCGACUAAAAGGUCUGGGCAGCCGAGACAUGAGGACACGCCUACUUCCUGAGGCGCAAUCCACCCACUUCCUGUAUUGCAGGAAAUGACAUCUGGAAUUUUUAGAUAAUGGAAUCAGCAAAUGUUUUUCUUUUUUUUAUUGUGUUGUCAAACUAAGUGCCUGUUAAGGAGUCAGUUCUCUUAGAUGAUCAACCAGAACAGUGUUUCUGUAGAGUCACAUUUGUACAGUUCUUUAAUGCAUAUAACUUACAGUAUUUUAUUAAAGUGUAUUACUUAACCUGCAAUAAAUGUAACUAGUUUUAUAAAAUAAAAUACUCGCAGAUUAA